GCGAAAUCCGCGCCGGCCACGCUGGAGGAGUCUGGGAAGGAUCUGGCGCUAGGUUGGGACGAGGCGCUCCUGUCGCCAGGUGCCGAGCCGAAGACGUCAGCUGCUGCAGAGGUGUCAAGGGUACUGGCACAGAGCUCUGAGUGCCAGCGCUGGAAUGCCGCCUACGCGCUCUACCUGUUGGGUGUAGACCUGGGUGGCAUCUUCAAGGAAUCCUUCGAAACCUGUGUCGCGCGUUGGCGCAAGAAGAAGGAGCAGGGCAAGGUUCUGCUUGCCCAGGACGUGCUCCAGCGAUCACAGAAAACGCUGCGAAGUUUCACAAGUUGA